AUGCCCAGGAUUGGGAGUGAGGGGGAAGGACCGGAAGUGCCUGAGGACGGCGGGGAUGGGGGCGGGGGCGAGGGGGUGCAGCUGCAGCAAGCUGGGGCAGCAGGACGAGACUCCGCCGCUAAAUCACACUCAUCUCCGGCCCUGAUCUCCCCGCACAUUAUGGUCUUUCCGAAGCUCGUUCCUCGUUCCACUCUUUUCUUCCUGUGCGAUGUACAGACAAAAUUCAGACCAGCUAUCUACGGAUACGAGCACGUAGUAGCCACUUCUAACAAAAUGAUCAAGCUUGCGAAGCUGUUAGGCAUCGAAGUCGUGUGCACAACACAGAACACCAAAGCUCUCGGUCCCAACGACCCAGCCAUCGACCUUCCCUCCCUCGGGCCCCUUCUCGUUGGGAACUGCGACAAGACCUUGUUCUCCAUGCUCACACCAGAGGUUCAGACCAUCCUUGACGCGCGCCCCGCGCUCAACUCGAUCGUGAUCUUUGGCAUUGAGACGGUCCUUUCGGUGCUAGCAUCCGGGAAAUAUACCCCGCACGUUGUCGCGGACGGCGUGUCUUCGUGCAAUUCGUUUGAGAUACCGAUUGCUCUGGACCGGAUGCGUGCAGACGGAGCCGUCAUUGGCACUAGUGAAAGUAUAGCUUUCCAGCUCAUGAGCGAUGCCGCUUCUCCCUCCUUCAAGUCUUUUAGCAAGUUCAUUAAGGAUGACAAGGAGAGUACCAAGGUUGUCGGGGAGGCCUUACUUCAAGGCCGUAUUUCGCCCUCUUCUUCCAAGGAUGUAGAAGUCGCCAGUGGAGGUGUUGUACUUGGAAUCAAGAGCGCCAUGUAG